AUGAAGUUCUUCACUGCUAUUACUCUCUUUACCGCCCUUGUUGCUGGCGCUCCAUUGGACAUAGGGAACCUCGAGACUCGCCAGUCUAGCACGUCGACUGAUCUUGAGAGAGGAAGCAGCUCCAAUUGCCCGAGUGCUAUUCUGAUCUUCGCUCGAGGGUCGACUGAGAUUGGAAACAUGGGUUCGAGCGUUGGCCCAGCGCUCUCUGGUGCUCUGAGUCAGAAAGUCAGAGGCAUCUGGGUGCAGGGAGUUGGCGGCCCGUACGAUGCUGCGCUAGGUGACAAUGCGCUCCCGCGAGGCUCAAGUUCGAGGGCUAUCGCUGAAGGUGUCCGAUUGUUCAAAUUGGCCAAGAGCAAGUGCCCCAACGCAUCAGUUGUGGCGGGUGGCUACAGUCAAGGUGCUGCUCUCAUAGCGGCCGCAAUUAGUGAUCUCGACUCUUCCACCCGAGACCAAGUCAAGGGCGCUGCUCUCUUUGGAUACACCCAAAACCAACAGAACAACGGCCGCAUCCCUAACUAUCCCGCCGACCGUACAAAGGUCUACUGCGCUGUUGGCGACCUUGUAUGCGAAGGACUUCUGAUUGUCGCCCCUCCUCACCUGACUUACAACGAUGAGGCUCGUGGUGAGGCUGCGGACUUCCUCGCCAGCAAGGUCUGA